CAUUUCAGUAUUUCGCGAGACGUUGCAGCGAGCGGUAAUGGAUCAAACGAAACGGAUAAAAUCCCGGACCCAGACAACAGUGUAAUUGGCGCCUUAAUCGCUGACUGGUGAAGCAUUAAUAGUCAGUAGAAAAACACCUGUUAUCGUGUGGCAAGCAGAGCAAAUGUGAAGUGGAACAAUUAUUUUUCGUCUAUCAGCCAACCAUCAGGAGCAGGUCUUUGAUGUCUAUAAACAUCUGUACGUUGCAUCGCAUGACUCUGGAGUCACUUUAUUGAACAAGUAACAAGAUUUCUACAAGAGAUACUUCCUUUUUGGGCAAAGGAUAAAAUGUCACCUUCAGCAGCUGCAGCUACAGACGUAUUGGACUUUGAUGAAAUACUUACACAAAUCGGGGAAUUCGGACGCUAUCAGCGGCGCAACUAUCUGCUUAUCUGUCUGCCCGUUCUCUUCGCCGCAGCCAACAGUCUGUCGUAUGUGUUCACGGCGGGCACGCCGACCUACCGCUGCUACGUACCCGGGUGCGACAGCAUCGACGCGCCCGACUACCACGCCGACUGGGUGCACAUAGCAGUGCCUGGUACUUGGAGCAAGAAGGGAACCUUCAAGCCAGCCACCUGCGAGCGAUACGUGGCCAAUGAGACGAGCACUUUCAGCUGGGAGCCUCUGCCAGAGGGUCAAUGCACGGCCGCAAACUUCACCAAGGAGCAGGAACGUUGCCUGCAGUUCGUGUACGGCAGCCACGAGCGAACAAUUGUCCAGGAGUGGCAGCUGAUGUGCCAGGAGAACGCCUGGAAGCUGGCCUUCGUGGGAACCACACAUUUUGCUGGACUGGUGAUCGGUACCGCGAUGUUUGGCUACCUCGCCGAUCGAUUUGGACGCAAGCGCAUAUUCCUGUUCUGCAUCGUUUUCAUGGCUGUGACUGGAAUAGCGCAGGCUCUGGCCUGGGACUACGUCAGUUUCCUGAGCUUUGCCCUCCUAAAUGCCGUUGGCACCUCCGGCGUGUAUCCGCUGGCGUUCAUCAUUGGCGUGGAGAUGGUGGGUCCGAGGAAGCGGGAGAUGUCCUCCAUUGUGCUGAACUACUUCUAUGCGGUGGGCGAGGCCCUGCUGGGGCUGUCCGUGUUCCUGCCCAAUUGGCGGCAGUUGCAGCUGGUCCUGUCUAUACCACCGCUGAUCUUUUUGGGAUACUUCUGGAUUGUGCCAGAGUCGGUGAGGUGGCUGCUGGCUCGCAACCAGCGGGAGAAGGCUGGCGUGAUUAUUCGGAGAGCGGCGGAGGUGAAUCGCCGGGAUAUUUCCAUCGAGUUGCUGGCCAGCUUCAAGCAGCAGGAGCUCGACAUGGAAAGUACCGACUCCAAUCAGAAGGAGAAAAAGGAAGAUAGCCGAAUAUGGCUGGCCGUCAAGGAGGUCUUUGCCUCACACAUUCUGAUUAUUCGCUAUGUGAACAUGCUCUUCAUUUGGGCCGUCAAUGCCAUCGUCUACUAUGGACUAUCCCUAAACUCGACCAGUUUGAGUGGCAACAAGUAUCUUAACUUUACCCUAGUCUGCCUUGUGGAGAUUCCCGGCUACACCCUGGCAUGGGUGUGCUUGCGCAAACUUGGCAGACGCCUGGCUCUGUCUGGAUCCCUGCUGCUUUGUUCGGUGACCUGUGUGGCCAGCGGCUACAUGACUAUGAGGGCCAACUGGUUAAUUGUUUCGCUCUUUCUAAUUGGAAAGCUGGGCAUAACGUCCUCAUUCGCCGUCAUUUACACGUACACUGCGGAGAUGAUGCCAACGGUCAUACGUAGUGGAGGCGUUGGCGUCAUGUCCACCUUUGCUCGUUGUGGAGCCAUGCUGGCUCCCUUUGUGCCGCUACUGGGAUCAUACUACGAGCCCCUACCGCUGCUGCUCUUUGGAGCCGCCUCGCUGAUGGCUGGUCUCCUCUCGCUGCUGCUGCCGGAAACCUUCCACAUGAAGCUGCCCGAUACGGUGGAAGAGGCCAUCGCUUUGGGCAAAUAACGACGCAGAAGCCAGUUUAGCGUAUAAAAUCUCUCAAAAAUUUGCCUUAACUGAUAGAUUUAGCUUGAUCUUAUUAGUACAAAUAAACGUUUGCACAUCUAGCAUGUAACAAGUAA